AAAUGCGACAGUUUUCUCUGGUAAAUUGAUCAGGCUACUUAUUCCUCAAGAGAACCCGAAAAUACUCGAUAUUUCUCAGCCUUUGGGUGUUACGUAAUAGGGGCAUUACCUAGGGUGCUGAAACCAACCCCAUAGACGCCUGCAUCGACCAAUCUUGUAAAAUAAAAUAAAAUAAAAUAAAACAUAUUUUUGAGUGUGUUUCUAAAUAUAUCUUUUUGUUGGCAAUCAAGAGGAGAAAUGCGCUGGCUAUUUUAAAGGGACCGUUUGGAUUCCGUCUCUGGUAUUUUUGUCGGCGAAAAGCCUAUACAUUUCGUCUGUCCUUCCCUUUUUCCCGGUGAAGUUGAUUCGUGAGGUGGUUGUCGACGCUACGGGGAGAAAAUGUCGGGGCAGACUCUGACGGAUCGUAUCGCCGCGGCGCAGUACCAGCUCACCGGAUCCGAUGUGGCUCGCACCGUUUGCAAAGCCACCACGCACGAAGUGAUGGCGCCCAAGAAGAAGCACCUGGACUAUCUAAUCUCAGCCACCAACGAGACAAAUGUGAACAUCCCUCAGAUGGCUGAUACACUCUUCGAAAGAUCCACCAACGCCAGCUGGGUGGUCGUGUUCAAAGCCCUAACCACAACUCACCACAUCUGCAUCUACGGGAAUGAAAGAUUCAUCCAAUAUUUGGCCUCAAGGACUUCUCUGUUCAAUCUCAGCAACUUUAUCGACAAAACAGGCUCCCAUGGCUAUGACAUGUCAACAUUUAUCAGACGAUAUGCGCGGUACCUGAAUGAGAAGGCAUACGCUUACCGCGCUAUGGCCUUUGACUUCACUCGAGUCAAGAAGGGAGCUGAGGGUGUGAUGAGGACUAUGGCUCCUGACAAGCUCCUGAAAGCCAUGCCUGCCCUGCAGACUCAAGUGGACACACUGCUGGAGUUUGACGUUCAUCCUAAAGAUUUGAACAACGGCAUCAUCAACGCAGCAUUCAUGCUUCUUUUUAAGGAUCUGAUAAAGCUGUUUGCCUCCUACAAUGAUGGCAUCAUCAAUUUAUUAGAGAAAUAUUUCAAAAUGAAGAAGUCUGAAUGCAAGGACUCACUUGAAAUUUACAAGAAGUUUCUGACCCGAGUGACCAAGAUCUCAGAGUUCAUGAAAAUUGCAGAGCAAGUGGGAGUGGAUAAAAAUGACAUUCCUGACAUCUCUUAUGCUCCCAGCAGUAUCCUGGAAUCUCUGGAGACACAUAUGAACAGUCUAGAGGGAAAGAAAGGGGAAGGGUCACCCACAAAGGGAUCACCCACCAAUAAUGUGUCUCCAACCUCCACUCCCGCCAAAUCCUCUGCUGCCGUGCCCACUCUGGAGCCGCCACCCACUGAGGCAGCAUCCGCUGCUGAGACUGCCACUGAUUCUCUGCUGGAUCUGGACCCGUUGUCUUCCUCUGGACCUUCUGCAGGUGGCGCAUCAGCUGCUCCCACAUCCUGGGGAGAUCUGCUGGGGUCAGAAAUAGGUUCCCUUACUACAGAGACUCUCCUUCCUGACUCAACCCCUGCCGUAGACUCUGCCUCCUCAGCCACGCCCACCACAGCUACAGAGGCAGCCGUUUCUUUGGCUCCUCCUCCUUCCGCUGCCGGUGCUUCCUCCGGCUCAGCGGAUCUCCUCGGAGAUAUGUUUGCGGCCCCUGCAGCUGAAUCAGCUUCUGCUGCAGAGGGUGGGCCCGCAGCAUCCACAUCCACCCCUGCUUCCGAGGGCACAGCUUCAACCGACUCUGCGGGUGCUGCUGAGGCCAAACCAGCCGCUCCGUCCUCAGUGGCUCCAGGAGGAGAUCUGAUGUCAGCCUUUGAUGGAUUUGGUGAUGUGCUCAUGCCAGCAAUGGCCCCCCAGGCAGCCGGGGCCUCCUCACCUGUCAAACCCAUGGGAGACCUGGACUCAGUCAUGGCCAACAUGGCCAGCAAUUUGACAAUGGGAAACCAGAAACCGGGUGAAGCAGCUGGAGCGGUGAACUGGCAAGCGCAGGUACCCACCCCUAGCUGGGGCGUUACCAUGACUUCCCCUCGUGGGGUCUCUCGUGUCAUGGGAUCCCCAACACUUUUUUGCAUGUCUGGAACUGCUCCUAUGAUGCCCGGCUCACCGAUGAGGCCACAGUUUCUUGCCGCAGGAGCCCCUGGACAACCGAUGUCUUCAGGAAUGGCUCAGAGUCCCAGGAAGCCUCCUCCUCCUAAAGACCCUCUCGCUGACCUCAGUAUCAAAGACUUUAUGUAGAUGAGCAGCCGGUUUGUCACAAUUAAUGUGCAGCCCUGAUGAAAAAGAUGUGUGUACUCUCUCUUCUGUUCAUCAGAUUCAGGGCCCAGAGUCCCUCUUUUUUCUCGCUCUCUAUCCCUUCCUCUCUGUCUGUUGUUGUAGCACAAACCGUGAACGUGACGAAGUACAUGUGUGUAUGUGUGUUUGUAUUUCAAUGUUCGCAGUUACUUCAGAUCUAUAUAUUUAAAAAAUAAAAUGAAACAUGAAGAGUAAUGGCAGAUGCAUUCUUGAACAGGCAUCUGCAGGUCUCUUAACGAUAGAUGUGCAUUCAUUUUUCCUGGCUCGCUUUCCGUGGGAAAUCCAAUCAAAAGUGUGACGUUUUCUGUGGAAAAUGUUUUUUGCUGUGGUAAAUAUCACUGGGCCGAUAUAUGUCAUCAUCAUCACUCAAGUAUUAGUCAUAUUUUGAUCACAGAACUUUUUCUGUGGUCACACAUGAACAAUUAUCAGUGUAUUACAGUUGAAGCUAGUGUCUCAUGCACUGUUUUUGUUUUUAUCAAUGCCCUAAUUUCAUUCGUUUUUCGUAUCUAUUGAUUGUGAGUUACAUGCAACAUGUGACUAAUGAAAAUACAUAUGCAUUUUAGAAUAUUUUAAUGACAGAUUUUUUUGAAUAUCCUUAGUUUUAUUUUGAGAUAAAAAGUUGAGUAUAUUUUAUUUAUGUCUCAAGUUUACUUUGCAUACUACAUGGCUAGUUAGUAAUCCCAUUUGUAAAAAAAAAAAAAAAAUAUCAGUCUACAUCACAAGGAACAUAGGCACUCUCUGAGCCAAUAGUCAAAUGUGCUACUCGGUGGUCAAUCCUAUGUAACGAUAUAUAAGCAUGUCAUUCCUCUGUUGUCCAAAGGAGAUGCUAUUGAUUAGAUUUUGUCAGCAGCAGGUUCACUCCAGUAUUUCAUGGUACUUCUUGAUCAUCAGUCUUACAAUAGGACUGAAUAUUACUGGCUGUGUAGGGUUCUGUUGCAUUGCAAUUAACUGUACUGAAAAAGUGUACCAAUUCUGUUUACUGCAAGGGAUAUCAAAGGGACAAACAGCAGCCUGUUGGGACAGUAUUGCAUUUUAUUAAUGGCUGUCUUUUUUAUUAUUAUUAUUAUUAUUAUUUUAAUUUAAAAUUUUCUUGAUACAUUUUAUUUUUGGAUGGAAAAACACCCUCUGCCCUACCCCACCUUUGUGCAUGUUAGUCCUGUUGAAAUGCAAUAAACAGUGAGCUGAAAA